AUGCCAAAUCGCUUCAAAGAACUUUUCCAAAGGCCAGAAAGAAGCAACAGCAGUCGAGGGGCUGCGGCAGGAGCGACACAUCCAGCAAAACAUAACACCGAGCAACAUGCUGAACAGCUCGGAGGAAUGGCACCGCCAUGGUCGACGUCUGAUCAACAGUCAAAUAUUACUCCAUCAACGCCAUCAUUUCACGAUUUCCCCAGCAAUUCCAAAGUUUUCCGGCAUCAUGCUCAAUCAAAGUGGAAUCAGAAAUAGGGGUGCAUAGAUGUCAAAUAUCACUGUCCUCAGGACGAUAAGGUUUACUCCAGGACGAUUUCCAACAUCAACUUCGAAGAUGAUAAUAGCUUCGGUGUUCAAACUAUCAAGGAACAAAGAUGUGAGAAUGAAACUUGCGGAAAAAGCAUUUUUGCGACGAUGACCAACCACGAGUACUCAAUUCUCUACGACAAAACAGCCAACCGUAUCAAACUGACGUACUACUGCGCACUUCGAGAUGAUUUUGUUGACGAGGUAACAGAGGGAUUUCGGUUGAGACCAGAAAGCGGAAAGUGUCAGUUUUGUGCAGCGAGAAUUCUUGACGAAGAGGCAGCCUGGAAGUUUGAUUGUCAGGCCGAUAAAAUCAAGGGUAUGGAUGACCCAAGAUACAAAGAGGUCUAUAAGGAAAGCCUCGGAUACCUUACGGACUGGACAAGAUGA